AUGACGUCCCGCGAAGCCUCUGUAGCGCCGUCGGAUGGUGACACCAUCGAUGACCAAAUCGAAGACGCGAAGCCCGACCUUGCAGACCUUGACCAAGAACAACUUCAGAUAGCAGACGAAGUACCCACUGGUCGAUCAUCACUCGGAGGUCGUCGCGGUGGUCGUCCCAGGGGGACUGCGGGCAGAAAAGCGAAACCUCGAAAGGGUGCAAUAUGGAUCCAUGAACAACCAAAUGAGGGCACGGAAGAUGAGGGUAGUGUUGUUUCCACAUCCUAUUCAAGAACCAAAAAGUCAGAAGCGAGUCCUGAAUCAGAACCCAAAACAGUUGGCACUGCGGUGGGCACGAGAAGACAAGCGAACGGGACUGUCGGUUCAGUAUAUUCCGGAAGCAAAAUCAGACACAUUAAGAAACCAGAUGGCACGCCCCUAUGGCGAAAGGAAAUCCAAUACGAAUUUCUGAGGAUUGUCAUUGAGGAUACAAAGCCUGUCUUCACCAGAAUCAGUGAUGGCAAGACCGGCUGUAGCUUCGCAGACAUUUAUGUGGAUUGCAUGGCCCGAAGCUCCAAGACCAGCAAAAUCCUCAAGGACAGAUUACAAGUUGAUCGACAAGCCGCUCACAACAUGGCCAUGAUAUGCCUCUUGGUCAACGUCGGCCGGAUGAACACGACUCUGAACUUCUUCCCCGAAAUGAGAGCGCAGUUGCGAACCUACCAUUCCAUCCCCUCUUUGCAAGCCUACAAAAGCCAAAGAGACUACAAAUCACUACAAGAUGCCCCGAGACUGAAGAGUAUAUUGAAGGGUGCAAGUGAAGACACGGACGAACCUCGGACCAUAAACAUGCUAAAGGCUCGACCGGUUCCACGAACCAAUCCUGUUAACCUUGUUUUUGUGCUUUCCCAAUUCGCGCCGAAGAUCAGUGAGACGCACUUUACGGACAAAGUUGACUUUUUCGACCUUGCUAUGCGACCGACCAUUACAUCUGCGAGCAGGGCAAGAGCCUUUCUGUGGCUAAUGUGGUGGUACUUGGAAUCGGACUUCACUAAAGAAGACGCUUUGGCAAACCCUUAUGGACCUGGCGAGUACCGAGAAGAUGAAGAUCCUGAUGAUCCUAAUACCAUCCCACUCUUGGUUCCCAAACUGGAAAUCAUCACAGAAGAAGAAGGUGAUGCCGAGAAUGUUGACCCUCCCGAGGAAAUUGCUUUUGCUGAGAAGAUGAAAAUUGAGAGAAAGAGACUUAUGACCCAAGUUGCCAACGAACCUCCCUUGGUCAUGGCUGACCCCGGCAAUCCUGAUCACAAAGUCUUGAAGCGACUCAAACGAAGUGCGAUUGGAGACGAGGACUCGUUAAUGUCAGACGCGGACUCACGCACAAGCCCUGCCCUUGGAAGAUCCCCAGCUCCCGACUCUCUUGGUCACCAUGGACAUGUGAUGUCUUCGCUGGGUGGGCAAGCAGAUAGCCUUGACGACGAUUGGGAGGCGGUUGAUCCCCAUCCCGGCCGUGGACGCUACAAGCGUGUCAGGGGAAAGAAUACACCUACAAGAACUAGAGGUGGUAGACACAGUGACGGUCCGAGAAGUCUGCUCAAGUCAGGUCGUCACGCCGGUACACCCGAUACCGCUGAUAGACAUCGAAGUACGCCGCAGCCACUCCAAUCCGGCAGUGGUAACCAUCCAAUCAUUGGUGAAGCAGGAGUAGGCGGUGCCGGCACCAAAUCACGGGCUAGAACAGGCUAUCAGCGCGAGUUGGAGGAGCACCGACUACGUCGAGUCGAGUGGGCUUUGAGAAGACGUCGUAGACAGGUGUUGAAGAAAGCAAGACAUUCGAGGGAAGGAGGGAAUUGGUUUAUCAUUGCGGCAAGACGAGUCAGUGAGCUGCCUCCAACAUACGACAGCGAAGAGGAAGAGGAAGCACGGGGAAUUGGUCUUGCCGGCUUGCUUGGCCGCCGAUGGUAUGGCGAGUCUACUGAAACCGACGCUGGAAGUAUUCCUCCUGGGUAUGAACCUGACGACUACGGUGAAGAAGCGGAAACGUGGGUGAAAAUAUUGAAGAAGACGGGUCGACGUUUAGAAGUCUGGGACGGAGAUCGUGAUGUUGCGGUAUUCAACGCGCGAAUCCAGCGUCAACAUGCCAUCGAGAACAGUCUCUCAACUGCAGCCGCAGUCACGCCACGCUCUCUCACCAAUGGAACACAGAGAAAGGAUCGAGCGCGGGCUCGGACUCAAGAAUCCUCUGCACAACCCUCUGUUCCCGACACUGGAAGAGCGGCAAAAUCCACACGUGCGGGGGGUAGAGAUCUCAAUGACGAAAUCACGCAAGACUUGCUCGCGGAGCGAAGCGAUGCAGACGUGGACGACGAUGACUCGGUAGAAGCGGACGGCGAUGGCGAAGGAGGAGACAGCGACGUGGAGAUGGAUUGA